AAUAAUAAAAUAAAGUAAAAAGUCUCCGUCAAGCUUCUUCUCUUAUUUUAUGGCCUCAAUUUCUCUAUUUUUCUUUACUUUGUCUUAACAACAACAACAACAAAUAAUUUUAGUGGCUUAUUUAGUUUCUGUCUGAUCUGAAAAAAUGGAGGCUGAAUCUGAAUCCUACGAGCAAGUGAACGUGAAAAAGGAACCGGAGGUUGCUGCUAACGGCGCCGGUGAUAAUUUGGGACCGUUCAACGGAAAUCUUCAUCGUUUAACUAAUGGAUUCAGGCUUGCAUCGAUGGCAACUUCUGGACCAAACACUGCCAUUUCCACUCCGGAGCAGCUUACCAUCUUCUAUGGUGGAACUGUUCUCGUCUUCGAUGGGAUACCUACAGAAAAGGCUAGUGAAAUUAUGCUGAUUGCCAGCAAAGCUGCUGUUAAAUCUGCUGAAAUGAAGAAGUCUGCUACUGGUCCCCCGGCUAGUAAUACACCAAUUCUUACAAGGUCUCCUUCAAUGCAAAGUACUUCAAGUGCUUUGCCUUCAUCACAAGCCCCGCUUUAUCCUGCUCAUCAAGGUUUCUCCUUUUGCAAAUUGCAAGCGGAAUUGCCAAUUACAAGGAGACACUCUCUUCAACGAUUCUUUGAAAAGCGUCGAGACAGGCUGUGCAGCAAAAGUCCAUAUGCCUCUCCGGCGGAAAAAACAUCUGAACCUCAAAAGGCUAAUGGAAACGCCGAAGCUUCACCGAAUGGAGGUUGCAUUGCACCAGGGCAAGAAAUUGAACCAAAGUGUGCUACCACCAACCGUUCUUGAAAAUGCAUAUAAAGCUUUUAAUGUAUAAUUAAAAGCCUAAUAUAAGCUUAUGUUGUUAAUGUUGUAUAAUUCUAGAUUAUUGCAUAGUGCAUGGGGUAUAUGAUGUUAUUUUGAGUUGUUUUUUGGAAGUAUCGGGGCAAAGUGUUCAAUUCCUCAUCGGAUGGGAAAUUGUUCACAUUGUUGCCUCUUUCUGCCGAAGGCAAUUGAAAUAUCAUGCUGAACCAGUUCUUUUAGGACAACUAGUGUGUUAUUAUUUAAGUACUUCUAUGAACAACUGACAAUUGAUUGAUGUAUAAGUUGUCUGCUUGUUAAGACAUUUAAUGUUUAAUGUUGGUUACUUAUAAACA